GCGGAGGAUGCGCACAACACGAGCAACAGCCAAUAGAGCUCAUAUAAAGCAGAACACGAUGAAUUCCGACUCAUCUGCUCGUUUAGAGUCAGGAAUGUGAUCUAGGAAACACUUCGCUUAUUCAGUCGUUUUGGCGUCCUUUAUUCUGGACCUCCGGUUCGUCGUCACGGUUCGGCGGAGACGCUUCACAUCACAGAUACGCAAUAGUAUUGCAUACCAUCAGUAUGUGGAUGCAGAAACUGGGAGUCCUGAUCAAGAGCAGCAUGUUCUCAUUCAACGGGAUCUAGACCAGAAAACUGGACUUCAGGACUGUAGGAUUAUCUGAGCAUCACUAACAGUGACUGGACUCCUCGCUGCAUAUCUCAGAUCAUCUAUUUUGGAUUAUUCUUCUGAGGAGGAGUUUAUUUGGAGAGCAUGAUUACUUCCAGAACAGGAAUACUAGAGACUAAUCUAGUUUUUGUGGGCAAAUUCAAUUACAGCGGCGAAUCCCUCAUGUGAACAGAGCAGCGUCUAAUUUGUUUUGCUGUAGGACGUGCAUUGACUUCUGCAGUUUGUGUGAUCUUUCUUCGGCAAAAUCAAGAGUUCUGAAUGUUCACAAUGUGUUUUCAUUAAGAACUUUCUCUUGGAACUUUAUUCCCUCCAUAUAUUGGGACGAAAGCCAUUCUGUUUGCUGUUGGUGUGGAGUUGAAUCAAAUGGCUCGACCCGGCUCUGGAGUUCUGGUGUCGCUGGGAGGUGGAUACUCGUCUCAGAGCAUGGCUAAGGUGGUGGUUUGGGAAUGGCUGAACGAACACGGCCGCUGGAGGUCGUACAGCGCCGCCGUUUGUCAUCACAUCGAAAACGUCCUGAAGGGAGAUGCACGUGGCACUGUCAUACUGGGGCAGGUGGAUCCACAGCUCGCGCCCUACGUCAUAGACCUGCAGUCCAUGCAUCAGUUCAGACAAGACACAGGCACAAUGCGUCCCGUGCAGCGCAACUUCUACGACCCGUCCUCGGCUCCAGGCAAGGGCAUCGUGUGGGAAUGGGAAAACGACUGUGGCUCCUGGACGCUGUAUGACAUGGAGCUGUGCGUCAGUAUCCAGAACGCCUACGAGAAGCAGCACCCCUGGCUGGACCUGAGCUCGCUGGGCUUCAGCUACCUGGUGGACUUCGACGGGAUGUCCCAAACCAACCGGCAGAGCCAGAGGAAGCGGCGCAUCCGCCGACGGAUGGACCUGGCCUACCCGCUCAUCGCCGGAUCCAUCCCCAAAUCCCAGUCCUGGCCGGUGGGCACCAACUCGGGCACGCCGUGCACCUGUCAGCAGUGCAUGCUGGUCCACAGCACGCGGGCCGCGUCCAACGCCAUCCUGGCGCUGCAGCAGAGGAGGAAGCUGUACGGGACGGAGGGCGGAGCCACCGCCGUCGUCAGGCAGAGCAACACCUUCGCUGGCACCUCCCUCUGGUCGCCCACGACGACCGUUGCCAAGGGUCACCAUAACAACAUAUCGCUGGGUGGCGGAGGCGGCGGGAAGGUGGACAUGAAUGGGGUGAAAUUCCCAUGCGCCCCUGCGAUCGUGACGCUUCCGUCCAAUCACGCGCUUACUAUUAACGGACAGAACAAUCUGAACCGGCCGGGAACGCAGCGGAUCGCGGUGACGGCCAGCCGAGGAUCUGUCCCUCCUGGGGUUCCUGCACUUCCUGUGAAGAAUCUCACUGGUUCAGGACUGGUCCAUCCUGCAUUAGCAGGAAUGACUGGUAUCCUCAUGUGUGCCACCGGGCUCCCCGUGUGUUUGACUCGGGCCCCUAAACCGAUCCUCCAUCCACCGUCGGUCAGCAAGAGUGACCUGAAACCCGUGCCUGGAAUCAACAGCAUCCGACGCAAGACUAAGAAAAAGCACCUCCGCAAAGGUAAAAAUCCAGAGGAUGUGGUUCGGCGCUACACAGAGAAAAUCAAAACGGCUCCCGAUGAGGACUGCACCAUCUGCAUGGAGCGACUGGCCACAGCGUCCGGAUACGAGGGAGUGCUGAGCUACAAAGGCAUCAAGCCCGAGCUGGUCGGCAAACUGGGAAAGUGCGGCCACAUGUACCAUCUUCUGUGUCUGGUGGCCAUGUACAAAAAUGGCAAUAAGGACGGCAGUCUGCAGUGUCCCACCUGUAAGGCCAUCUACGGGGAGAAAACCGGCACACAGCCUCCUGGGAAGAUGGAGUACCACGUGAUUCCUCAUUCUCUACCUGGAUGCUCCGAUACAAAGACUAUCCGCAUCGUCUAUGACAUUCCCGCUGGGAUACAGACCACAGAGCAUCCCAAUCCCGGGAAAAAGUACAGCGCACGGGGAUUUCCUCGACACUGCUACUUACCGGACAACGAGAAAGGCCGGAAGGUGUUGAAGUUGCUAAUCAUGGCGUGGGAUCGUCGUUUGAUCUUCACCAUCGGGACGUCCAGCACCACGGGAGAGACGGACACGGUGGUGUGGAACGAGAUUCACCACAAGACCGAGUUCGGCUCCAACCUCACGGGCCACGGCUACCCCGACCCCAACUAUCUGGACAACGUGAUGAGAGAACUGGCCGCCCAGGGCGUCGGAGAGGACAACCUGAAGGACUGAGGCUCGGUCCGCUGCCGGACACACAAACACACACACACACCUCAUUCAGAGGAGUUCCUGGAGAGACCUUUGACCUCUCUGGGAACGACGGUCCUCGCUGACCCCGAGUCAGUGCGGGACUGUGUGAGAGAUGAGUAGAUGUGGAUGAUGGAGUAAUGAAAUCAGUCGAAAUUACUCUAAUAUAUUCCUCAUUCACUGACACAGCUUGCUUUCUCUCUCUCUAUCUCUCGCGUGCUCUUUUUGAAGGCUACCCAGAAUGCAUCUGGGCUCCGACCGGUGCUUGUGGUAGUUGUAUAUACACACACAUUAGUGGUUGACCGAUAUGGGGUUUUCAAUGGCGAUGCCUCUUACAGAUGGCAGAUAUAAUAUGGUAUAUCUAGGGCUGUCAAGUGAUUCAAAUUUUUUUGAAUUACAUGAUGUGCAGAUUAAUCAUCAGUUUUGGCUGAGAAAUUUACCCCCAAAAGAUC